GUCCAAUGGGAGUUGGCGGCGGUGGCGGCCGUGAUGGUGUUUGUAGCGGUGGCGGCGGUGUCUGCGGGAGGCCGAGGCCUGAGCUAGCCUGGGAGCCCUCGGGGAGAGCGGACUCCGCGCGCGGACCCGGCCUGGAAUCCCAACACUCUCCGUGUGGCGGCGGCAGCAAUGGCUCAAGAAGAAAUGGACGUUGAUCUUCAGGUGGUAGAAGGAGGUCCUGCUAUGGAGCAUCAGGAGGAGGCCUCUGCUGAAGCAUUUGUUGGGCUUCCUGUUCCUCAGGUGCCUAUCGAAGUGACCGAGGAAGUUGUGUCAUCCGCCGUGGAGAAUGAGGAGAACAUGGACCCUGGAGCUGCGGCGGCAGAGGACCCAGUACGAGCUGCCGUCGAUCCGGUGCUGCCACAGUCUGCCCUGACCUCGAUGAACAGUUUUAUUGACAGACUGCAGCAGUUGCAUGGGGUGCUGGGCCUCUUGAGGCAGCCCUCUCAGCAGAUCGCACAGUCAGUGCGAACAAGGAGGAGGGCAGUCCGCCUGCAGAGGAGGGCAGGAGGGUCUCAAAGGACUGUGGACUACAGAUCAAGGGCACCACUGGACACAUACUUUCGGGUUAACAGGGUACAACCAAUCCAGUUGGCAGACCCGCCCAAUCCUAAUGAUAAUGACGACGAUGACCCUGGCUCUGAGGACAUCCAUGUGUCGAGUGGCUCUGACACAGAAAGGAACAGUUCCAGUGAGGAUGAGGAGGUGGACAUCCAGGACGAGGACCCAGACGUUGUUGGGCUUGGAGUUUCUGGAGAGGUUCCUGCAGAGGCUCUUCCAGAGGACUCUUCAGCCCAGCAGGAAGCCACUCCUGCUGCUGGUGCUGAGGCCCCCCUCAAACAGCAGUCUCCACUGAAGCCUGAACCACUCCCUCCACCGGCUACAGCUGCCACAAGUCCCUCAGAAGAGGAAGACGGGGACACUUGUGCCAUAUGCUUUGAACAGUGGACCAGCGCGGGGGACCACCGGCUCUCUGCGCUGCGAUGUGGGCACCUCUUUGGGUACAAGUGCAUUUCCAAGUGGCUCAGAGGACAAGCCGGGAAGUGUCCACAGUGCAACAAGAAAGCCAAACGCUCAGACAUUGUGGUUCUCUAUGCCCGAACCCUAAAAGCGCUGGAUACCAGUGAACAGGAGCGCAUGAAAAGUUCCUUGCUCAAGGAGCAGAUGCUGAGGAAGGAGGCUGAGUUAGAAUCAGCCCAGUGCAGGCUCCAGCUGCAGGUCCUUUCAGAUGAAUGUAACAGGCUUCGAAGUCAUGUCCAGGAACUGAAGGUUCUCGUGGCUCAGCAUGGGUCAAAUCCUGCUCAGCCGGGCAGCUCCCAGGCGUGUUUCCAGAACUGUCUGCCUCUCAGCCAGACUCAGCACAAGUACCAGUUUCAGAAGGCCUUCACAGUGUCGCAGGAAGGAAGGUGCCGCGUCAUGGCGUACUGUGACUCCCUGAGCUGCCUGGUGGUAUCCCAGCCCUCUCCUCAGGCCACCUUCCUUCCUGGCUUUGGUGUGAAGAUGAUCAGUAUGGCAGACAUGAAGAGCAGUCAGUAUGUUCCAAUGCACAGCCGAGAGAUCCGGGGGCUGGCCUUCAGCAGGCGGCCGAAUAGCUGGCUGUUGUCGGCCGCGCUAGAUAACACCCUCAAGCUGACAAGCCUGGAGACCAACACGGUGGUGCAGACCUACCACACUGGGCGUGCGGUGUGGAGCUGCUGCUGGUGCCUCGAUGAUGAAAACUACAUCUACGCAGGGCUGGUCAACGGCUCCAUCCUGGUGUAUGAUCUGAGAGACACAAGCUCCCAUGUCCAGGAGUUAGCUCCUCAGAAAUCCAGGUGUCCCCUGGUCUCGCUCUCCUACUUGCCACAGAUGGCCUCGUCGGCAUUUCCUGCUGGCGGCAUAUUAGCCGGAAGCUUAGAAGGUGCCUGCUUCUGGAGACAGAGCAGCAGUAACUGCUUUGACCCUCACACCCUGCCUCUGGAGUCGGGCGGCUGCACUGACUUCCAGGCAGAGAGCCACAGUGGGCACUGCCUUGUCACCUACCGGCCCAAUAAAAACCACAACUCCGUGCGCAGUGUAUUGCUGGAAUUGACCUGCAGUUUAAACGAGGCCACUGAGCCCGUCUACUCGUGCCGGCCCAUUCAGACAUUCCUCGCUGGACCCACUUGCAAGCUGCUGACCAAAAAUGCCAUAUUCCAGAGCCCAGAAGAGAAUGGCAGCAUCCUGGUGUGCGCCAGUGAUGAAUCUUCAAAUUCUGCCAUGAUCUGGGAUGCAGGGAGUGGCAACCUCCUCCAGAAGCUCCAGGCCGACCAGCCUGUGCUGGCACUCUGCCCCUUCGAAUUCAACGAGCACAGCUACUUGGCUACCCUGACAGAGAAGGCUGUCAGGAUCCAUAAAUGGGAGUGACAAGGGUGACCGUCCAGUGCGCUUCCUCCCCAGCCGCUGGCAGUCAUGUGGCCAGUACAGGCUUGUGGCCAGGUUUCAACUGGUGCAUUCUGACUUUAAAAACUGAGCCUCCGUACCAGCAAAGGGAGAGGCCAGGAGUCUUUUCAUGUACUUCUCCUGUGUGAGUCUUUAUUUGUUUUCUGUCUCUGGUCUCCUCUGAACUAGCUGCAUCCAGAGGGCCUCCAGAUGGGAGGUUCUGUCAGGCUUUGUGGGUGUGGUAUGUGAAAGUUCCCCCCUGGGCUUCAUAUGAACUGCCUUUGCAGAAGUCGUGUUUGCUGGUUCCAUUCUUAACAGGCACAGAGGAUUGUCUCUCUGAUCAGACACAGGAGAGUGCUAGGAAAUAGAGGGAAACUUGGAUUAUUAUUGACUAAGUAUACCUAUGAAGGGGGUCCCUUGAGAAACAGGGUAUCUUUGGUUGAGGCAUCGGCUCUGUGGCUCCCCUUUAGCUUGCUCUUUUCAGAGUCCCUUGUGAAAGCUGCCUAGGACUCUGUGACAUGUAGGUUGAGGGGAGGAGGGGAAACUUUAAUUUACCAGAAUUCUUGGGAUCUCAGGAUAAAUUUGUCUCAGCAUCUGAAGGCUUAGUCUUUCUUCUCCUUUGAAAAAAUGUUAGAAAAACAGCAGGAAUUAUGUCAAGGUUAAUUCUUUUCUCUCCAUUAAUAACAGCCUACAAAGGAAAGGCAAACCAGCUGGGACGGCAAAGGGAGGAGAAUUUUAACUGAUGUAAAAAUAGGGAGUAUGGGCAGAAGAGUCUCUUCAGGCUGAUUGUUAUCAGAAAAAUCCCAAUGUAGCUGUUAUUUCUAUGCACACCUGAGGAGAAGCACUGUACUGCUCCUUGAAAUGUUUAUAAAGCCCAGGUGCACUGUGGCGCUUGGAGUAUCAGUGGUGCCUUCCUCUAUCCCAACACCCCCACCCCAGAAGCCACCCCUUGUCACCCAGGCUUGUUUCUCUGGAGGGGUUGAGAGUAGAAUGGCAGCAUCUUUACAGAUGGUAUGAAAAGCCACUGCCAUGCCAGAUAGGCUUGAGCAAAGGGAUUCGGUUUGGAUUUCAAUUUUAUUCCUGCAGCCUGAGCUAACAACCCUAGUGAUCCAGUCAGAAAAGUUUCCAGGUACAAGCCUCUGAAAUGAGAAAUGCAAUGCUUGGAAUGCCUGGUUUUUUUUUCAAUAUUCUCAAAGAUUGGAGGCUUAACAUAAUUUAAGGAAAGAUAGGGCAGCAUUGCUCCCCACACCCUGGGCACCCGUCAGAGGUUGUGCCCAUGAACUGGGGUGGCCACAGUUCUCUGGCUCAAAUGUUCCAAGAGCCUGCUUCACCCUUUGGUAGAUUACAGUGUUUACUAAAUUAAAUGCCCUACUCACUCUUCAGAUCAACUCCUUUCCUUCCCUUCUCAGGGACGCUUUUUAAAUCCCAGCUUCCCAACCUAUGAGAAAGAAAGGAGAAGAGUCUCCUUUUAUCAGCCAAAGAAGGUUCAUUUGUUCUAUUUUGGUUAUCAGGAAUUGUUGCCUAAAUCUGGGCCUGGGGCCCAGAUGGCAGCACAAAACUUGAGUUAACACCCACUCGAUCCGGUCUUUCAGCAAGCCAACUGUUAGCAGAAAUGGCGAGGGCAGGCACUGGACACAGGCUCUCAGUCUUCAGAGAGGCCCUGACCAUGGACCAAUUAUGGGGUGUGGGCUGUACUCUGUGUCUGGGUAACCCUAGAGCUUGGAGGCCACAGCUGCCCACCAGUUCAGGUGCAUUAGGGUUACAUGCAACCAGUGAUGAGUCUCUGGCUCAGAAUCCCCUAAAGGACAGAAAAAGGAAGUGAUUUGGGCAGGAAGGCUGAAGUUUUGCCAAUUCUUGCUUACUUGCUUUACUACAGUGAAUUCAGGCUUUUUGCUGCAAGUAUUGAGGAAAAUGAAUAACUAAGUUUAAGCACUCCCGCAGAAUGCUUUGUCAGGAACAGGAACAAUUCUUCUGGACUUUAUGGCCGGAACCAUCAGGUGCUUUGUCGACUGGUGUGAACACCUGCAGUGAUGUACACAAGACCAGCAUCUCCUCCUCCUUUUCAGCCUUCUAACAAUUUGGUCUGCACUUACUCAUCAAAGGGUUGUUCAGUUAGAAAAUAGAUUAAGAACCUCUUUCUCAGGAGGGUCUGUGUCUGAGGAUCCCUCCUAGAAUCUAUAGGGUAUAUCUUUUGUGGCAUCUGACACAAUUUUAAUUUCAAUUAUUUCCCAUCUAAAUCUUGGAGCCAAGAGGGAUCAGAGUAUUUGGGGGCUUGCUUUGUGCCUAAGUCCAUACUUGCUUGGAAAAACAAGAUUAUGUGAUCUAAGAAACCUUUGUUUAAUUGUACUUUUUGUGUCCUCUAUGUAUAUGAAAAAAUAAAGAAUUUACAGUAGGCUCUCU